UCUUGCUUUAUUUUUAGAUUGGCCUUUUGUGUCCCCACCAGUCAAGAACCUACCAUUUCUUUGAAUAGGCUAGACACCCUCAUGAACGUAACAAAUGUAUCAGGAAAUGGCACUGCUCCCCGGGCCCACCGAUCCCGAAUUCACUUCAUAUUCUUACAACAACUUGGAGACAUUUUGCGAAGUGCAGGCAAAGAAAGGAUUCUUCUACAAAAAAGCCACACUUCUGCGUCCUGGGGAAGACUUGUGUUGCUUUGCUCACCGGGAGGACCGAACUGGGUAUGUGAUCAUCAAUGUAGGUGGCAUCAAAUACAGAAUCCCUUGGACCACAUUAGAGAAUUGCCCCUUGACCAGGCUUGUGAAGUUAAAAUCGUGUAACAACUAUGAAGAGAUCAUGGAUAUCUGUGAUGACUAUGAUGUCAAUUGCAACGAGUAUUUCUUUGACCGCAACCCAUGUGCCUUCAGGAUCAUCAUGACUUUUGUGACAGCUGGGAAGCUCAGGCUCCUGAGAGAAAUGUGUGCCCUCUCUUUCCAAGAUGAGCUGGUUUACUGGGGGAUAGAAGAGGAACACCUGGAGUGGUGCUGUAAAAAAAGGCUGCGACAAAAAGAGGAAGAGAUGGCGGAGGCUGCACUCUUUGAAGAGGAAAUGCUAGCUAGUGAAGAGCCACAGUGUGCCUUCGAGGACAGUAGCCGUUUGCAGUUCUGCAUGAGAAAGCUCAGGGAUAUGGUGGAAAAUCCUCACUCGGGGAUCCCUGGAAAGAUCUUUGCUUGCAUAUCCGUUUCCUUUGUUGCCAUCACUGCGGUUAGUCUCUGUAUUAGCACCAUGCCAGAUCUCAGAGAAGAAGAAGAACGGGGUGAAUGUUCCCAGAAGUGCCAUGACAUCUUUGUUCUGGAGACGGUCUGUGUGGCUUGGUUUUCCUUUGAGUUCGUCUUGCGCUCCAUCCAGGCAGAGAGCAAAUGCGCCUUCUUGAAGACUCCGCUCAACAUUAUAGACAUCUUGGCCAUCUUGCCUUUCUACAUCUCUUUGAUUAUAGAUACAGCCUCUACCAAAAACACUGACAAACCUGGGGGUAGUGGCGGCAGCAGCGGCGUUGGAAACAAGUACUUGGAGAGAGUGGGCCUCGUCCUCCGCACCUUGCGAGCCCUCCGUAUCCUGUAUGUCAUGCGGUUGGCCAGGCAUUCACUGGGGCUGCAGACCCUAGGGCUUACUGUACGCCGUUGCACGCGGGAAUUUGGGCUCCUGGUCCUCUUCCUUUGUGUCGCUAUGGCACUCUUCUCCCCACUGGUUUACUUGGCGGAGAGUGAAUUGGGAGCCAAACAUGAAUUCACCAGUGUCCCCAGCAGUUACUGGUGGGCUGUCAUAUCCAUGACAACUGUUGGCUAUGGCGACAUGGUACCUCGUAGCAUUCCCGGGCAAGUGGUCGCCCUGAGCAGCAUCUUGAGUGGCAUUUUGCUAAUGGCUUUCCCUGUCACGUCCAUAUUCCACACUUUUUCCCGCUCGUACAUCGAGCUUAAAGAGCAACAGCAGAGAGCUGCUAGCAGACAGUUCCAUCAGGUGGAAGAAAGCACCAGAACUCUGAACGAGGACAGUUCCCAUGAAGGAGAUGACACAUGUUCACAAGAGGUUGAUGCAGAGGUGGUUCACACACAGACUGAACAGGGAACUAAGAGUUGCUGACUCUAGUGAAACUGAAGUAUUGUAGGAACUUCAUGGGAACGAGGGCAAGUGGAUAUUUGUCAUAUCUGAAACAGCCCCUGAACUGCCCAUAUCAGGGUACUCAGCCAAACACAGUGUUGGAGAAAGACUGCCCUUUUAAGCAUUGGCUUAAGUGACCAAUCCUGUUUCUUAAAAUAAUACUGAAGACAAUUCAUCUGCAGCAUCCUUAGAACACAAGAUACUUUUCAGCACUCAGAGUGAUCUUGAAGGAACAGCAGUUUAAAAGACAGGUUUCCACUGUGCACAUAGGGGGAAUAACACUGCUAAAAGUUGUGUGUAUGUUUUUGAAUAAACGCUCCAAAUUCAGGGUAAAGUACAUGUGCCAUAGGACUGGGAGCAAGCGAUAGAUUGCACAAGAACAUUUUUUCCUAAACCCUUUACCACAGGUGGUUUCAUGGUUUUGUAAAAAGUCAUGGAGUAUUGCACAGAAAGGGUUAAAGGUAAAUUUGAAAGUAUGGGGACAAAAGGCCAUUUCUGACAAAAGCUACCCCUAGUUUACCUCUCUGUUUCAUUUUUUCUUCAAUAGAAUGAAAAUCAAUAACCACAAUUCUGGCUGCCUGCUGACAGGUCUGACGUGUGCUUUAGCUCUUUAUGCAUUAUUUAAUAAAACAUGCAGAUUUACCACAGUAAGCUUUUGCAUCCUAGCUUGGAUGGCAGACGUAUACAAUAUGUUCCUUUUUGCUCAGAUUUGAAUGUAUAUUGUUUUAAAAUGAUGCUGUCUACUUCCAA